GAACAUUUAUGGGCAAUGGGUAAUGUCGACGAGUUGUCAGUCCAUACGAAGCGUAUUUAGAGCGCUUUGUACCUAGUACGACGAUAUGUGUGCCGUGAACAGUUUUAUCAAAGGAAAUAUUAGGACUAAAAAGCUGUUCUUCAUACAUCAGAGCUUGCAGGGUUCGCAGAGUACGCCAAUCUAUCAUGUUUACAUUUGGGCUCAUUUUAAGAUGUUCUAGUUUCAUGGUAAUUGGAUAGCUUUAGGAUGAAUCGAAGUCAAAAAAAAUCCUUUUAGGCUGAGUCAUUUCACGAGCUCGGACAAAAGAGAAGUGGCCUCCUAAUAAGUCUAUUUGACUUUUGUUCCUCUCGCACAUCCGUGAAAAGGGAAAUAUGUCAUGGCGAAAUCUUAUCUUCGAACCACUAAAGCUCGGAAAAAGUAGUAACGGCGCUGACAAAAGUCGCCAACUAUGACUAAAUCGAAACUGCAUCUAGAUUUGACAAGACUUUACUUACCUUUUCAGAUAUGAAUUACAAGUGAGCAAUAACGAUCAAGAUCCGCAGACUCUUUUUAUCUCCAAAAAAGAACAAAGACACCUUGAAAAAGAUGAAGUACUUAAAGUAUCUAUUUGUAACCUUGAUUUACCUGACCGUGGUUUUGAUCCAACCCGUACCGGCUCCAGUCCCCAGAUGCUCGCCCUUGAUCAUCAUCAACAAGUUGGCCGAAUCAUCCAAUGUGUUGUCGGAUUCCAAUCCCUACUUCCCAGUUCCACCUUGUGAAUAUGGUGGUUGGGUGGAGGCCCUUCAAGAAGGAGACCUCCAAUCUGUGCUCGUCCUCGCUGAGCCUCAAAAGAUUCCGUUGCACAACUUUUACGAGUUCAUCUGGUUACUGAAGACGGGAGGGCCUAGGAUGCUGCGGAUGUUAACCGGCCAAGAAAAGUACAUCUUCGACCGGGAUAUUCUCCGCGAGGGAUACCACCACCACACUCCAUAUGUGCGGACCAAGCAAUUGGGACAAUACACCCACAGGAACCCCAUUAUCAUUGAUGAUAAGAACACCUACAAGACUAUCGUUGGUGGUAAAAUCAAGAGCCUCUUCACAGAGGGUAAGGACAAAGAAAUCAACAAACAUUACACAUAUCAAGGUGGAAGGAUCGGCGGUGGCAAGGGAAAGGGCAAAGGAAAAGGCCACGGACAUAGUGGACAUGGACACGGCCACGGUGGACAUGGACAUGGGCACGGACACUCAUCAGGGCAUGGCUCUCAGCAGCACAGUUCUGGUUAUGGAGCCCCGCAAUCUACUUCUGGGUAUGGAGCCCCACAAUCUACUUCUGGGUAUGGAGCCCCGCAAUCUAGUUCUGGAUAUGGUGCCCCAGCCACUGGCUCAGGAUAUGGUACCCCAUCCACCGGAUCAGGAUAUGGUACCCCAUCCACCGGAUCAGGAUAUGGUGCCCCAUCCACCGGAUCAGGAUAUGGUGCCCCAUCCACCGGAUCAGGAUACGGUGCCCCAUCCACUGGAUCUGGAUAUGGUGCUCCAUCCACUGGAUCUGGGUAUGGUGCCCCACAAACCAAUAAUGGGUACAACGCACCGGCAAUCUCCACUGGCUACUCCGCAAGUUCCUCUAGUCAUCACGGCUCAAACCUUAAGCGGAAAGUAAGCAGCCAAGAAGCUGCAGCCUCGUCCGUGAUCAUCACUGCCAACAAUGGUCAAACUGCAUCCACUUAUGACGCCGUUCCAGUACCAGCUCCAGAGAACAACCCCUUCCUUCGGAAGAAGAAGCACAUCAAAGCUUCUGACUAUGACAUUGCGCCGGAAACAAGAUCCAUCCUCUCCCUUGUCGAGGAUCACAGCUUUGUUCCUUCCUCCUGGCCCCUUGGUGAGUCUCAGCGACAAUCGGCCUCCAAACAUGGGCUCACCACGUAUUUCAACUCCAUCGUUGAUUCCCGGAGUGACCAAAAGUCCCAUGAACCACACCAUAAUCAGAUCCAAGGCUCUCGCAAUCUCGCAACUAAGGCAAAAAACAUCGAUCAAAAGCCGACCCUUAUCUCGGGACGCGCCCGCGGUCCUUAUUUCUUGGCUCAACGGUCGGGUCAAGUCGAUUUGAAAGACCAACGACUCAAGGAAUCGAAAAACCUGUUCCAAAGAAUCAGCGACUUUUUGGGAUAAUCGACGGUGAAGUUAAGAGGAUAUGAGAAACGUCGUCUUAAACUGGAACCCCCCUAUUCCGAAAUGAAAAAUCAAAUCCAUCCAAGCUGUCGCACUGUAAGACUUGGAUCUCGCAACCUCUUAAACUAAAAUAGCUCAAUAUUGCCUGCCACGCAACCUAACCAUGUAGUACCGAAGUCGCUGCUUCCAUUUACUUAGGCCGUUCAACACCGUUCACGAUUAGUUAUAGGUAUUUAUGUAUUUAUGAGAUGUAAACAUUUGAGAAUGCCUGUUAUAUUUUUGCCGAGUGUCUGUUCAUUCUAUUGAUACAACAUCUACGUUUGAGUUUGGAAUGUGCAUCCGUGCCAUAGAUUCAUGUGAGCAUUACAGACUAAUAAAAGGGCUCUUCAGUGCUUGACAUGGCCUGUUCAAGUUGAAGAGCAAACAGUU